UUAUGUAGUCGUAGAAGGUUAUUAUAUAUUGUCUCGGUCAUUAUAUCCAGUAACGAAAGUCGUCGUGGAAGAGGCGCGUCUAGGGUGCAGCCCCAUCGGAGCAACGUUAACGUCCCGUCGACGUCGACGUCGUCGGUGGUGCGCCGGCCUGCCUAUCCGCGUCAUAUCCACGUCGCAUACCCCGUGCACGCGCAUACAUUGCCAACACCGUGAUGGCGGAGGCACUACCUCAGCCCGACAUGUCGCACCUCACCCCCGAGGAGAGACGCAUCAUAGAGGGUGUUUUAAUGCGCCAAAAGGAGGAGGAGGAACAGGAUCAUGAGAUUAUGAGACGAAAGCAAGAUGAGGUGCAGACUCUCGAAGAAACAAUACGGAUGCGUUCGGAGAAACACAAAAAGGCCGGGGUUGAACUUAACGCCACAUGUCACAUAUGCCUGAAAACCAAGUUUGCCGACGGUAUCGGUCACAUCUGCACCUAUUGCAAAACUCGAUGCUGCGCACGCUGCAGCGGAAAGGUCACUUUACGGUCAACCAAGGUGGUAUGGAUGUGCGUACUUUGCAAGAAGAAGCAAGAACUUCUUUCGAAGACCGGACAAUGGAUGACGAGGCCGGGCCUCGCCGUGGACAACGCGAUGAUGCGGCAAAUGCAGGAAGACUUGCAGGUGGGUGGUCGUCAGGGACUCGCGGACCAAACUCGAGAUAAAAGACCGAAACUCGAGAGGGCGCACAGCGCGGCUGAGAAAGAGAAUUUGCCGUUAUUACAGAGAAGCGGAAACUGUCCUCUCAGGAGACAGUACUCCCAGCAAGAGCAGAUUUCCGGUCGCCGGAUGUCCACAAGCGACAGUGGGGUAGAAAUGUCUGUUUCACCUCACGCGAGAACUUUACCGACACCCCACGUGGUUGGUUCUUACCCGAUGCAACAAACUCCGAGGCAUCCUGCAGUCUAUCCUGACGACGAUCCCAAUUUAUACCGAGGCGAACUUGAUGGUUUGAUGAAACAACAUCCGCAAAACUAUUCGAGACAACGAUUGACUUAUCAAGAUCAGGGUACAGACCUCGGAAUGACUUACGGCCAGACACCAAUGGAGACUGGCUCCGUUCGUUCUGCAAUGCAUCCCUCGCAGCAUUCGUUGCAUCAGACGCAGGGCGGACGUUCUGCUCAACCUACGUCAACAGUGGGCGUCACGCAACAAAGAAGUUUCAGUAGCAGCGAGGAAGAGCGAAGCACACCGGAGUGCGCCAGUGACGAGCCGGACGAAUCGGAGAAGGGGCAAAAGCCGCUGCCACUAGGGAUGACUUCCAGGGGUACGCGGGAGAAGGCGGCAGACAGAAUGAAUCGGCAAUUCCCCGCGCAUCCAUUAUCCUGGCAAGCGAGUGAGGACGGUCAGAAGAUCAUCGGCCACAUGGUUUUACGAAAAUCGGCCGGCUCCGGAAGCUGUAGUAGUAUACUCGGACUAAAAGUUGUCGGUGGCAAACUAUUAGAAGAUGGUUCCAUGGGCGCUCUGAUCGAGAAAGUGAAAAAGGGUAGCACGGCGGAUGUAGAAGGUCAACUUAGACCCGGUGACGAGGUGAUCGCAUGGAAUGGAAGGUCCCUUCAAGGCAAAAGCUUCCGGGAGGUUUACGACAUCAUCGCCGAAUCGAGGUUGGAGCCACAGAUUGAGCUCAUAGUUGAGAGAAAGUUGUCGACAACGGGCAUGGCGCCUGCAGGACCGGGCCCAUCGACGCCCAUGACGUCCAGGAGAAUCGUUGCUCAGAGUCAGUGGAGACAGAAACAUGAAACCAUCUCUGGACCUCCGACGCCGCAUCACAAAGGUCUUAAGAAAUGCUUACUAUGGGAAUUGUACGACGCGAGGCGUGAGAAACCCUCGGUUUUAGUGACGUCGCCGGGCUCGCCGGACCUGUACGCCCAAGGACGCAGUCGACACUCCCGAAAUCCGACUGGAAAUGCGAACGUGGGCGGCAGCAUCCAGGUAAAGCUGGGCUUCGAUCCCGUGGGACUUCAGCUGAUCGUCACGAUAAUAUGCGCCGCGGGACUCACUCCAAAGAGCAACGGCCAACCUAGAAACCCUUAUGCCAAAGUUUUUCUGCUUCCUGACAAAAGCGAAAAAUCGAAACGACGUACGAAGACUGUGGCAAACACGAACGAUCCCAGAUGGAAUCAGACUUUCGUUUAUAAUGGAGUCAGACGUUCGGACCUGAGGAAGAGAGCACUGGAGAUUACGGUGUGGGACUACGCUAGAUACGAGGCGAACGAUUUCCUCGGCGAGGCUGUCCUGGAAUUGGCAGUAUGUCUCCUGGACGAAGAACCAGAAUGGCAUUCUCUGACCGCUCACGGAGAACACCGGCACGUUAGGCAUUACCAAGAUGAUGACAUGAUAGAUUGUCAUCUUAGUCCGCCAUCGACCACCUCGAGAUUAAGUGACUCCGACACCUCGGAGUGCGACAUUACGGAUUGCGACGUGUCUAGAGAACAGAGGAGAACGGCUGACGGUGCCAGCAUAAGCAGUAUUGGCAGUUCCUCUAGGUUUCAUAAUAUGCCGUCAAAUUAUAAGCGCCACUAUUCUAGCCCACCGCCGGAGAGGGAACUCUGCAUCGAUGGUGAGCAUCGGAGUCGAAGAGAUAUGUCACCUCAGGGACGCAAAAGGGCAGCCCUGAUGAUUUCUCGUGACCAACCCGCUACUAUCAGCUCGAGUUACCAGACAUAUCGUAAGGAGGAGAUCCAUCGGGGAAUGAUGGGUCACAGGUCGCACAGCGCGGCACCUAUGGAUUCUCCAAGCAUUAGAUAUCGAGGAAGGUCUCAGAGUCCCACCGGUCACCGUUCCUUGUCUCCACCCGAGCAUAGAUCCAUUCCCUAUUCGCACGGAUACGUUCAUACGACGAGAUUCGGCUCGAGAUCGGCGACCGCCACACCUACUGGAUCGCCAAAGAAACGUCAGCUACCUCAAAUCCCGGCAGCUUUAAAGGAAAGAGUCACACAAGAUUUUGAGGAACGAGCAAGAUUCAUGAGACAUCGCAACAGACAGUCGAUAUACAGAAGCACGGGCUGGGAAAGGCAUUAUAGUGGCCUUUCGGACUCGGAUCUUCCUUCAAUCGGACACGAUCCAUUAACAUUGUCACACAGUCACGCUCACAGAAUGCACAGGCCGAGGAGGGGGCAUUUAAGUCCCGACAAAGAUAUAUUGGGUGAUCUUGGAGAUUCUGACAUGGAAAGCAUAGCUUCGGUAACGAGCAGUGCCUUUAGUACGCAAUCGGAACGACCACGUGGAUCAAGAGCGCUAAUGCCAGAGACCGUCGGUCUGCUAUCGCGCCGGGCCAAGAGUUUCGAGUACGAGAGCAUUUCGAGCAACAUAUUCAGCGACGACAGUCUCAGGACGGCCAGAAGAAAACUCAAGCGGAAUCUCUCUCUCAGCGACGCCGGGUAUGGUGACAAGAUACCUGCGCUGGACGAUCAGAGCAAAUCCUACUACGAUUCUAACGGUGACGACAAAGUGCCUACGAGUCUCACGAAUAAAGAGACAAAUUACGAUUUUCUGCUCGAUCAGGACCACAAAUCGUUUUAUGGAUAUGACUCGGAAUUUAAUUGUGGCGAAACGGAGAUUUACGUUCCAAGUUUCGACAAGCAGAAUACUGAGACUGACAAUUAUCAAGCUUCUUAUAGUUCUCAUUUAACGGAGGACAAUGGUCUCUUCAGUGACAACGGCCAUGCUAAUCUCAGGAAUGUUCUGAAUAAGGAUGAUACUAGUAAGAAAAAAUAUAUGGAUGGAAGUUACUUGAAUCACGACACCUCGUAUAUUAGGGAUAUAUCUCCAGGAACAAGAAUUAAGAAAGUAGAUACCGAUCUUCGUACUUCGAUUGGUGAUAUCUAUAGUAAUAUUGAGGAAGCUUUUUCAUCUAGUAAAAAAAAUUAUGAUGGUGAUAUUCUCGCGAGAUCCGUCACAAAAAUCAACGAUGACACAAAAUCCACCAACAUGAAUGAGUGGAUGUCGAAGGACAUAAAAGGUGUCCUGCGGCAUGGAGCAACUGGUCGUUCUUAUCAAGAGGAUAGGUAUAAGACUCGCGAGAACUGGGACGCUGAUUACGACGAAGGAUUUAUAGACCGGGAAAAGGACUACGAACAGAAGCAGUUUAGUUACCUAGACAAAGGCAUUUGUGCCUUAAGAACUAGUGGAUCAGUGCGCGAAGGUGAAUAUUUUCAUGAUGUAACGAAACGUUCUUGUGCUGUUCAGGGAAAAUGUUAUGCACUAUCUGAUGAUGAUGACAAAAAGUUCACGAUGAACGAUUACAUCAGUUUUCGUUCGUCCGACGACUAUGAUUAUUGGACUACGCACAGUAAGGCGGAAACAUACGAGGAUGGAUUUGUGCCGCGAAGACGAAGGCGAAGAAGUAGGAGAGGUAGUAGAGAUGGAGGCACAAGUGACUACGAGACCCUGCCACGGAUCAGAGACGUGUCAGGUGCUCAAUCGAGAAUGGAGAGCAAGAAAUUGAUGACAAUCCAACGUACGGAGUCCACGCCGACCCUACACUCAGACGAAGACGUGAACUUGCUUGCAGACCGUGCCAGACGUAUGUAUCGUCGCAAGCGAAACAGCAGUUGUCCAGAGAGUAGAGAUUUACGAAUGUAUGGUCCGCGAGGAAACGGUGAGAGAACUGUAUUGGAGUCUGACGAGGAGUUCGGAUCGAUGGAGACGGUAGUCGGCGCUGAUUAUUUCCGUCGUACUUCGGGCUACGUGGCGAACGCUAGAGCAAACGACGGCAUUAGAUCGGGCUUCUUUGACGCGGAACAAGAUCGUGAUAGCUACUUAGAUGCAAGAUAUGAUCAUGAGGACCGAUAUCAGGAUCGCAGUUAUCCGAUGGCACGCGGGCUAGUUAGGUCAGGGUCGCAACGUUCUUCGAAUCGCGAUGCGCGAUAUGUAUCGCGCGCUAGGCGUAAGAGUAGUUGCCCGGAGUGUCGUGAGCUAGCACUGUCCUCCUCGGAGUUAGGUAGGUCGGGAUCGCUAUCGCGAAAGGGCGACGAUCUUCGGCAUUCAUCGUUAGAGACGAAGCAUAGAUAUCGUAGGCGGAACAGCAGCUGUCCGGAGGCUAGGGAUCUCGAAAUGCUCGAGAAGAGGCAGCGUCAGCAAUUCAUGCAGCUCCAUCAGCAGCAACCGCAGCGGCUUUCAAGUCAGCAGUAUCAGCAGCAACCGCAGCAACAACGGCAACAUCAGCAACAGCAAGCGCAGCACCAGCAACCGCAGGGAAGUAGUAAGAGGAACGUGGCGAUCAGCGACACCCUCGAGUACUACGAGUACUCGAUGGAGAGCGAGAGCCAGUGCAGCGAGAACUGCGGAUUUGGCCCGUGCGAUCCGCGUAGGCCCCGUAACCGAGCACCCCGCCCUGGUAACGCUAAUUCGAGUCUCUUUGAUUCCCAAACCGCUACCUCCGACACUGCUAAAAACUACCACCCACGGAUCGACGAUCAUCACCACCAACACCCACAAAACACGAAAACGUCGCCGCUCACCAAUGUCGCCGAUGUGGCGUCGACGUUUCUGCCACCGUUGCCGCCGUCAUCCUUGUCGUCCGCUCGACGACGAUCCCGAAAAAAAUCCGCUUACGACGUCGUCGCCGCCGUCGCCGAUCGUCGCGACGACGACGACGCUCGGAAUCGUCGUUCUUCAUCUAUGCCCGAAAGCAGCGAGUACACCAGUCAGUCGAGCUCGUACGAGAAGACGUCCAGACGCCAGGUCACCGACAAUGGCCAUGACGAACACGAUAAGAGAAGUCAGUUCACCAGAAGUCUCAGUAAUGCUGAUGUGCCGCAGGAUGAGAAAGACACGGGUAGUUUCAGCGAUACUGCGAUUGCAUUGAACGUUGAAGAAGCAGCGAGGAGAGGUCGUAAGAGCUCGCCAGGAAGUAAAAGCGGAAGUGGCAGCAGUAGCGGAAGCGCAGUGCAGUACCAAGCGGGUUUGGGCAAGAAGAGCAAUAGUACCAGCCAAUUAUCUGCGACAGAGUGCGGCGGGAUGUUCAUCAGCAUUGGUGGAAGUGCCGGCGCCGUGGCACGCGGUGCCGGCUUAUCGAACCGGAAACGUAACAGCACGCCGUGCAGCAUACAACGAUCCGAGGAGAUCAUGCCGGCCUACCAGCGCUUUGACAACAAAGGAUCCGCAGCCAGCGAUACCGCCGGAAGUCUCAACUCGAUUUCUAGUUCCGAAGGAAGCUCUUGGUCUCCCAGUCUGCGAAUGGCAGGCGACGGGCAGUUGAGAAAUUUCAUUGAAGAUCUCGGACCAGGCCAAGUGGUCGGAAGACAAGCACUCGCUACCCAUUGCCUCGGCGAAAUUCAACUGUCGUUGAGCCAUACGAAGGGUUAUCUUGAAGUAGAGGUCAUACGUGCCAAAGAACUCAAAGCGAAACAAGGCAGUAAAGUAAUUCCAGCUUCUUACGUGAAGUUGUAUCUGGUGAACGGUAAAAGAUGUAUAGAGAAAGCGAAAACCACGACGGCCAGAAAAACGCUGGAUCCAUUCUAUGGUUCGCAAUUAUUGGCUUUCAAAGAAAACUGCCGAGGUUGUAUAUUACAGGUGACAGUAUGGGGAGACUACGGUCGGAUAGAGGGAAAAAAAGUGUUCAUGGGUAUUGCACAGAUCAUACUGGAUGAGCUGGACCUCAAUCAGAUGGUGAUCGGAUGGUACAAGCUGUUUGACACCCAAGCCCUGUGAAAACAAAUUAAAUCAAGCAAGUUCAGGAUAGAUGUGAACUCAAAUGUGGUGUACUAGAUAAAUAAGAUGUGAAACGGUCAAUGACACUCGUUUUCAGUGAAUCUAAUCUGGUUAAGUGAAUAAUGAAAUUCAUGAACACAGUGAGAAAUAUGCGAUAAAUGGAUACGGACUUCAUUUAAACGGCAUGUGAGAGAUUUAAAGUAUUGAGACAUUCCAAAUAAGAAGAUAUUUCCAAACUUUGUAUAUAAUUUAGGACAGUUCAAGUAUGUCGAUCUCCGAAAUGAUCGGCUAAAAGACAUUUAUCGUUGUCAAAUUUUUAGUCAAAAAUGUCACCGUCAGAGCAUAUAUUAUUUAAUGUAAAUAUUAUAAUAACACUGAUAUGAGAAUUUGCGAUAUGUGCGCGCAAGUUUGAAUGGAUAAUAACAUUUACUUUAUAUUCUCGUUGACUUUCUACGAGGAUUGUCA